AUGAUUCAUAGAUCUCAACAAUCACCAUUCUACUCAUUUCAAAUCUUCGAUGCCAAUCAUAAUCUUAUCGAUUUCAGUAUCCUCAAGGGGAAAGUGGUAAUCAUUGUCAAUGUCGCAAGUUAUUGUGGAUUUACGCCCCAAUAUAAAGAAUUGGAAUUAUUAUUUGAAAAAUAUCAUAAACAAGGAUUCAUCGUGAUUGGAUUCCCCUGUAAUCAAUUUGGAAAUCAAGAACCUUAUCCUGAUUCCCAAAUCAUAACGUUCUGUCAAAAAAAUUAUGGUGUUAAUUUCCCAAUCAUGAGGAAAAUUGAAAUUAAUGGUAAUUUCGAACAUAAAUUAUAUACUUGGUUAAAAAAUGAAAAGAAAGGAGUAUUAGGGUUUAAAGGUAUACGAUGGAAUUUUGAAAAAUUCUUAAUUGAUAGAAAUGGUAAUGUCGUAAAUCGUUAUCUCUCUGAUGUUACUCCUUUAACUUUUGAAAAUGAUAUUGUAAAAUUAUUAAAGGAGAAAUAUGUCGAACAAGAUUGA